ACAGUCGUCGAGCCAUACUUCAGUAAUCAAGAACAGCAAAAAUGAAGUACUUGGUAUUCUUUGUUUGCAUUGUUGCCUACGCAUCUGCCACAGCAGUGAAUCUCGCAUCAUUCUUGGAAGCCACCAACACAACAACAACAUGUGCUUGCAAACAAUCCUUGGACAAUAUCCUUGCCAAAAUAAAAGAACAAAACACCAAUUUGAACAAUGCUAAUGUCACACUGAAUUCCAUAGAAGUAACCAUUGUCAAAAAUGUCAGUGUCGAAGUUGCCAACCAAACACAAACACUAUGCAAGUUAGAAGAACGCCUUUCUGUACUCAUCAAAAAAGAAGUUAACAUUGGCGUUAUACUCGACGUCCAAACUACUAAUCUUACCAACAUCGUCAACCUUCUUAUUGACAUAUGUGGGAAUACAGAGUGCAUCGAGAAUGAACUUGAAGAUCAAAACUGUAUAUUGGAAAAUAUUGAGAAUGUCAGCUUGGCAGCUGUUGAGGACUGUAACGGGGACACGUGCCGACCAACAAUUGGUUUUAAAGGGUAAAACCUGAUCUGAUUAAAAUAUUACAUUUUUCUACGAAAUAUUUCGCUUAAAAUGAAAAUUAUUUAAAAAUUAAUCAACUGCAAUCAUGAAGAUUUUAACUCUUUUCUAAGAAGAAUAAUUAUUACAUAUUUCGUAUUAAAUUCAAAUGAUUAUAAUAAUUAUAAAUGUUUUUGUCUUCUCUAGUACUCAUAUUUAUCAUAUAUUUGUUCCUAUUUCCAAAAAGUAGUUUAAACUCAGUUAAACUCUAUAACUAACAAUUUUUUUUAAACGUAGACCAAUACGUAUAUAUUACAAGACAUAAGCUUAAAAACAAGAUAUAAUAGUAUCCGUUUUUAAAAAGAAAUAAAUAAUGUUCUUAAUAUUUUAUUAAAAGUUCUAAUAGUUAUUAAGGUACCAAAGGUAUUAUAAGGAUAAUAACGCUUGAGGUCAAUGGUGUAUAUACCGAGGACCUUUGGCACGAGGAAUAUAUGUUGACCGAAAGCGUUAUUAUCUAUCAUACCCGUGGUGCCUUCAACGUUUAAUGUCCGACUAAAUUAUUAUUUACAUGCCAAAAAUUUAAAUGAAUUUUUAAUUAAUUAGUUUUCAAAUAAGUACAUUUACUUAGCAAUAGUCGUAACGUAAUUGUGGUAACCAUAGUUUUACUUAGGUUGGUAUUUGCCAACUUGGCAGUAUUUAAGUAGUUAAAUUUAAUACCCUAGGGCGUUAUUUUUCAAAAUUAUUGGGGCAUUAUACCAUACUUAACUGACUUCGAAAUCACGUCAUUAUUUUCAAAUAAUACCAGUCGGACAUUAAGAUCGUUUAAACGCACAUCUAAAAGGCAGCGUUUAGACACCGCGAUAAAUCGGAGCAAUUUAUCGAUAUCGAUCGAGUUAUUUCAAUCUAUCGUUGUGUGUAAACGGUACAUCGCAGCGAUUUAUCGGAAUUGGAGUUGGAUUGGAGUUGGUAUCGGAUUGCAUCAAUUUAUUGUAACGAUCGAGUUGUUUCAGUUUAUAUUCAAUCGCGACAAUAUAUUGCAGCGUCUAAACAGCUUUAAAAAAAUCAAUAAACCAUAGCAAUUUAUCGUCACAAUAAAUUGCUCGCAUUUAUCGCUCCGUCUAAACGCCACUUAAAAUGUUACUGUUUUAUGCUACCUUUUUACGGUUCUACUAGACUACUAGACGGACAGUUGAGUGUAUGUUUUGUUUGUGUUCUCUACAACUCAAAAAACAAAAACAAAACUAAAACAAAACGAAAACACUACUUGUUUUCGUUAAGCGGACUACAUUGUGUUCGAAUUUUGUUUUUGUUUUCGGCCCUUUUCCAUUGACCGUCACGAGGAAGUCAAAUUACAGUUUUCUCUUCAAUAACCAACCAACACCUUUAGAGAAGAAGACUUUCUCUUUUUAGAUGUGUUUGGUCGAUACUGAAUUCCUUUGGAAAAGGGUAUAUUUCCAACUCAUUGCAUUUUAACCAAACCACUUGGGUGUUAAAUUAUGUCCUGUGCCAGUGUUCUUCAUUUUUUUAUGGUUCUUUUUUUUACGCUGACGUUAUGAAAUUAUGUUUUUAAUUUUCUUUCAAUUUCUAUCCAGUUGGUGUCAAACAAUUCGACAAUUUCUUUGUACGAAUUCUUUUUUUAAUCAGGCUAGUAAAGCGAUAUUAAUAAACACAACACGACCGUUUCCUUGAUGGGACUCGAAAAACAAAACUUAAUCUGUUUCAAAGCAUGUGAGUCUUCACAAAGUUUGCAAAAGUUGCUGUUUUAUUUUAUUCGAGACGAGUUUAUGUUGUGUUUUGUUAAAUCUGCUAUUACCUUAUUCACUGUUGAUGUUGACGACCAUCUCAGUUUUUCAUAUUUUGUUAACAACAUCAAAGUUCUGCACUAUUGACAAUUACCCCUAUUUGAAGAAAUAGUUUUGUCUGGUAUCCAGUAUUAUUUCUAUGUCUAUUCUAUCUUCUCAAUGACUUCUAACCAGGCGUGUGGUAUCGGAAAAAGUGUUUAGCAACCCACCUCGUAAGCUAGAUUUUACAAUAUUUAUUUAUCUACAAGCGAUCAAUAAAAUAUGAAUAGUUAUGCUAUAUAUACAUACUUUUGUUCUUUAUAUUAUUUUCAUGAUCUUUGUACUUAUAUCCAAGACAUUGUUCAGUCUCACUCCGGAUGUGGAUGCAAGAAGUUUAGACCAUUUAAACGAUUCUUAAAUGCACAUACCAAAUCAACUUACUAUAUCAUGUUUAGGUUUCAUCAUGUUCAUCAUCAUCAAUAACAGCUGUCCAUUAAUUUCUGUUCGUUUCUUUUGCAUCCGUUCGGGGCCAAUCAAUCGCUUGAUGUCAUCAGUUCAUCUGAUUUCAGGUCUGUCUCUACUUCUUUUAUUUGCUCUUACUCGCCAUUCAACAAUUCGCUUGUUUCAAUGGCUGUCUUCCAUUGAUAUAUUUCCUUUCAUAUAUAUUCAUAUUGUUCAGUUGCUUUUCCUCAUAAGAGUUUCUGUGUUUUGACACUACUAAAGGUAACAAAAUACUCAUUCAAAAGUCUACAUAUUAUGAUCAUCUGCUUCACCAUAGCUGAUGUACGGAGUCUAUUGAUUAAGAAUCACAAGACUAGUUUCCAAUUUUACGAUCUUUGUGUUUUUUUCAAUCAAAUUUAGGUUAAAUUCGUUGAUAAAGGAAAUGUAAAAUCCCAUUUUGGUUUCAUUCAACAAUUGAAAUCCUUGAUUUUAGUCUGUGCAAAAUUGUUUUUUAAACCCUACAAGGUUUUACUAUAAGCCGUUUAUAUUUUUAGUCCAUUGAUAUUUGGAGCAAAGAGUAUAGAUAACAAAAAUUCAAAUAAUAUUUUAAGACUCCUCCUCAUCAGUCGUUUCCUCAUUGCUGAGUGUCGUGAUUCCCUAUAAUACGAGCAACUAUCUCUUUCCAUCGGCUUCUGUCCUGAGCUUCCCUCAUGGAUUCAGAGAAUGUUUUUCCACUGGCUUUCUGUACUUGAUCCGUCCAUCGAGUAGGUGAGCGACCUCUACUUCUGCGCCCUUCAACGUUUCCCGAAAUUAUAAGUCUCUCAAGAUUAUUAUCACUUCUUCUUGCAAUAUGGCCGAAAAAUUUUAAGACGAUGGAGAGGCAAAUAGAGGAAAGUCGAGUCUGAAUAUUAAGCUCUUGGAGGAUUGAGUGGUUUGUUCUGUGUUCCGUCCAUGAGAUCCGAAUUAUUCUUCUCCAGCAGCACAUUUCAAAGGCGUCAAUCCUUUUUCUGUCGUCCGAUUUCAUUGUUCAUAUUUCGAAUCUGUAAUUAAAUAUGGGAAAAAUUAAGGCUCGUACUAAUCUUAUUUUGGUGUUCUUCGACAAGAAGUGAUCUUUCCAGAUUUUCGAUAAUCGACUCAUAGCGUUUUUGGCCAUGCCUAUUCUCCUACGUAUUUCUGUUUCACAAGAUCCUGUAUUACUGAUGUAGGAUAAGACAAAUUGGUAAAAAUUUGGUUUAUUUAAUUUUUGUAAAAUUAGGAAAAGUGUUGUUGAUUCAAGGAGUUUAAGACAAUACAACUUUGAGGAAAACUUAGUAAGUUUCUAAAUACUUCUGAACACGGUACCUUCUGAAUACUUAAAAAAUCAUCUUGUUUGCAUUUGGCUACAACCCUAGAUAUGCACAACUAAAGUCCUGCGCCCACGACGGAAGUGUUUUAAAACUACGGUCUGAAACCGAUUGCACUCGCAACUGGUUUUCAACUAGUUUUCAACCGUUAUUUGAAAGCAGUUGCGUCGUGGGGGCUGGACCUAACUGCGCAUUAUUUUUACUAUCCCAGUCUGCACGUAUAUUUUUAUUUUGUAAUUAAGCUUGUGUAUCAAAUGUUAGAAAAGGCUUUAAACGAGUACAAUUGUCAGAUUAGUUAAGAACUAAUAUUUAUAUUUUAUGGUAUGCAUAUUUGAUUCACUGAUUAGUUUUUUAAUAUUAUUUAUUUUAAGCGAAAUUUGUAGGAAUGAAAUUGACCAUCAAAAUUUCUUUUGCUGUUGUAUAUUUGUAAUAAUAAAAGCGCGAUAACAAAA